AUGCAAGUCGCGAAGAAGAAGACAGGGAAGGAGGUUUGGGAUGCUCUCAAGGCGAGGUUUGUAGGCGCAGAACGCGUGAGAGACGCGCGCCUGCAAAACUUGAAGUCUGAGUUCGAUGCAUUUGAGAUGAAGGAAACAGACUCGAUUGACGAGAUUGCCGGGAAACUGACGGCAAUGUCAGUCAGGUAUGGCAACUUGGGAGGAACAUUGGAUGAGACGGUUAUGGUGAAGAAGUUGCUCAACAUUGUACCAGAGAGAUUCAUCCAGUGUGUGGCUGGGAUCGAGCAGUUCUGUGACUUGAAAACCAUGGUGUUGGAUGAUGCAAUCGGCAGACUUAGGACAUAUGAGGAGCGCACCAAGCGGGGAGCUGGUGGUGUGCGCUCAGAGAAUGGCCAUGUGCUUCUCACUCAGGCUGAAUGGGAUGCACGGCAGAAUAAGUUGGCCGAGCUGGAGGUGUUAAAUUCAGGCAAGAAUCCACAUCUGAAAGUUCAGAACAAACUAUGCCUGAAUGGUGGUCCAAUGCAGCCAGAGCUUCAUUUCACUGGGAAUGGUGAACCUACUGGUGACACUUGGUACCUUGAUAGUGGUGCUAGCAAUCACAUGACAGGAGACAGGAAGAAGUUUCUGGAGAUGGACUCUACAUUUCUAGGUAAGGUGAAAUUUGGUGAUGGUUCUUCAGUUGAUAUCCAGGGAAUUGGUUCAAUUGUGUUUGAAGGGAAUAGUGGGAACAAAUGGGUGCUGAGAAAUGUUUAUUACAUUCCUAAGCUUAGAGCUAAUCUGAUUAGCCUAGGGCAGUUGACUGAAAAUGGUCAUAUUGUUGUGAUGGAUGAUGAUAUCAUUACUGUUACUGAAAAAGUACCACAUAGGAUGAUCAUGUGUGUUCAGAGAACUGGAAAUAGGAUGUACAAAAUUGGUCUCAGUGUUGGUGAACCUGUCUUAUAUAUGCUUAAAUCAAAGGAUGAAGCAGUGGAAGCUUUUGUGAAAUUCAAGGCUCAAGUUGAAAAUAAUUGCAAUGACAAGAUUAAAGUGCUCAGGUCAGACAGAGCUGGAGAGUUUCUAAAUGGAAUUUUUCAGAGAAUCUGUGAUCAAGCAGGGAUCAAAAGGCAGUUCACUGCUCCUUACACACCUCAGCAGAAUGGUGUGGUGGAGAGAAAGAAUAGAACUGUAAUGGUGAUAACAAGAGCCCUGAUGAAGAGUAUGAAGAUACCAGGAAGGUUUUGGGCAGAAGCAGUGACACAUGCAGUUUAUUUGCUCAAUAGACUACCGACAAAGGCUAUGGGAUAUAGAACACCAUAUGAGGCUUGGAAUGGCAAGAGGCCUCAUCUUGGCCAUUUGAGAAUCUUUGGGUGCAAGGGACAUGUGAAGACAGUAAAGCCACAUUUGAAGAAACUGGAGGACAGGAGUGUGCCAAUGGUGUAUUUUGGCAUUGAGGAAGGCAGCAAGGCUCACAUGAUGUAUAAUCCUCAAACAAACAAAAUUGUGGUUAGCAGAGAUGUUGUGUUUGAAGAAAUAGAAAAGUGGGACUGGGAAGCUGCUGAAACUGAAGGAAUUUCAGUUGAGAUGGAGAUGGGUCAGUGGUACUCUGAUGGUGAUCUGAAUAAUGAUGAGGGAGAUGUUGUUGCACCUCAGGGUAGUCAAGCUGGUCAGACUGCUGAGAAUACUGGUGGACAACACUUUGUUGGAGGGGGAGAUGCAUCUGCAGUGCAGUCUGAUGGACAGACUGAGUCUGUCCAAAAUCCGACAAUAGAAAUGCAAGCAGAAUCAGGACAGCAGUCAGGUCACAGUUGA